AUGAAUGUGAAUUAUUUACCCGUUGGAUUGACAAACUUUCAAAAAGAUCUAAUAGAGAUCUUGGUAUCCAUCCAUGGUAUCAGUUUUCGUGACGAACUUAACGGCGUUAAACAUGAAUCAACAAUGACCGACAGUGGUUAUCCAUCAUUAACUUCUCGUCAACUCACAUAUAUGUUCAAUACUCACGUCCGCGCAGUAGCUAAUCAUCCAUGUCUGUUGGUAGACCAUUAUAUGCCUCGCCAAUUCUUAAGAAUGGAACCCACUGAAAGACUUAUUAAUUCAAGUGACAAGUUUAGAAUUCUACAAGCAUUAUUGCAAUGCUUGAGUACGUUACGUAACCCACAAAGUGGGGAGAUAUUAAAAGUUGCUAUUAUUUCUCAUAGUAUCAAGGAAUUGGAUUUAUUAGAAAGUAUUGUCCUUGGGAAACAAUUCAAAUUGAAAAGAUUAUCAGGAACGGCAUUGUAUGCAGAAGGUACCAAUUUCAAGAGAGAUAUGCAAUUGCAUGGCCAAGCAAUGUCAUCAAUUAAAAGUACAUCAACGUUUACAGCAACAGUAGCAGCAACGACACAAUCUACUACUGCAUCAUCAACGUCAUUAUCCCCAUCGUCUGCCAAUGUUUCACCAGCGGAUUCUGCAGAAGAACGUGGUUCUAGAGGCUCUACACCAUCGAUGUCAACAUCUAAUAAUCCUAAUACUAAUUCUACAGGUAGUACCUCCACAGCUACAAAUGGUGGUUCUAACACUAGUACAAGUGGUUCUUCCAGUUCAGGACCCAUUGGGAAUAGCUAUACUGGGUAUCCCAAGGAUGAUUACGAUUAUUCUAUUAAACAUAACCGUAAACGUCAAAAGGUUGAUAAUCGUAAUUGGUUAUUUCUAACUACUUCAACACAUUUAGCUCAUGAACAAACAUUACUUGAUGACUAUAGUCUAGACUUGAUAAUUAGUUUCGAUCCAUUAUUGGAUCCAACAUUACCUGCUAUUACUAGUAUCAAUAAAUCUCAUUUUCAAUACCAUUCAACCAAAGUCACCCAACGUAUGAAGAAUAAAUAUAAAGUACCAAUUGUUAAAUUAUUAGUACGAGAUUCACCUGAUCAUUACCUUUUACAUAACGAUUUAAAUUUAGAACAUGAUGUCGUAAAGGAGUAUGAUAAUAUUAAGAAUGCGAUUCAUCAUUUCCUUCAAUGUAGGAGACCACAAGAGGGAGACUCUAAUGAUUCAAUGACGACAGAAAUUCAAGAUAAGGAAUACUAUAGAGAGUUUUUACAAAAUAUAUUAUCUACAUCAACGGAUUUAAAGGAAAAUAAUAACAGUGAUAACGACGUGAUACCUUUGAGUGAAACUAAUAAAACAGAAGAUCCUACAAAAUGGUUGAUGCCGAAGUUUGUUAAUUCAGUGUAUCCCAACAGCGAAAUAGCAUGUUCUGAGGAUUCCUUCAGUAUAAAAUCAUAUCAAACAACAUUAAUGCAAAAGACAACUGCACGUCUUGAUGCAAUCAAUGGCAGAUUUAACGAGAAUGAAUCUCGUAUCAAUGAACUAAGAAUAAAAGAGACACAAAGACAAGGACUUAUCGAUUCAUUGAAAGCAGAAAUUGGUACGAUAUUCAAGAGUAAACAAGAUUUGGAAAAAGUGAAGUUAGAUAGUGAAAAACGAUUUGAGCGUACAAAUAAUGAAUCAAUAAAACUCAAUGAAAAGAUGACCAAUAUUCAAAAGUAUCAAGACGAAUUGGAUGAUCUAACGAAGCAAGACAAUAACACGAUUUUACAGGAAACAUUUGACCAAUUGAGCCAGGUUAUUUCUACUCAUAAGAUAACAAUUCAACAACUUAUGGAAACAAAUAAGAAACAAUCCUUGGAGAACGAUGAUCAUAGGGCUACAUACCAAAGAGAUUCAUCUCAAGCUGCUGCUCAAUCUACAGAGUUAGCCACUCUAAAGAAGACUGUGGAAACCUUAAAGAAAGAGCAAACAGGAAACAUAGGGGUCUCGUUGAAUCUCGUAGGUUCAGAACGUAUGGAGACGCAUCUUAUUGGAGAAUUGGAUCUUGCAAAACGUCGUAAUGAGUUCCUCGAGCGAUACAUUGCCAAGAUGACAAAGGAUUACAAAUUACAUCUGGAUAGUAGUAGCGGUAAAGCGUCUACACCUGCUAAUGGAUCCACCAAUGGUAAUGACGGUAAUAACAAUAACAACAAUGGUAGUGCGACAUCAUCGAAGAGUAACACGCCCAGUGGUACAGAGGAAUAUUCCAGGCAUAGAUCUACUAGGUCAGCUGCCCCUUCAUACACUUGA